ACAUUUUAAGUGGAGCUGGAACCACCACCAAAAAUAGUGCAAAGGCCCCGAGUGGUUGCUUUCUUUAUGCUGCACCUUUCGCCCUAAAACCAGCGAUGCCCCGCAGGAAGGCGGCGGGGCCGCCGUGGGACGCGGGUCCCGGCGCGGGGCCGGGCCCGGGCGGGCGGCGGCGUCCCGGGGGAGGCGGCGGGUCCCGGCGGCGGCCCCGGCCCGGCGGCGGCGGCAGCAGCGGCGGCAGCAGCGAGGACGAGGCGCCCCGGGAGCGGCGGCCGCGGGACGGCAGCCCCGGAGCCCGCAGGCCCGGCAGGCCCAGCGGGGCCGCGGCGGGGCCCGGAGCGGGCGGAGGCGCCCGGGGACAGAGCGUGGUCAUCUGCGAGCCCGAGCACAGCAAGGAGCGCAUCAAGCUCGAGGGCUCCAAGAGCCGGGGGCAGCUCCUCAUUUUCGGAGCCACCAACUGGGACUUGAUCGGCCGCAAAGAAGUGCCUAAGCAGCAGGUUGCCUACAGGAACCUGGGCCAGAACUUGUGGGGGCCGCACAGGUACGGCUGUCUCUCAGGAAUUCAGGUGCGCAGCGUCGUGUCGGGGCCCUGCGCCGCCCACAGCCUCCUCAUCACCUCUGAGGGCAAGCUCUGGAGCUGGGGUCGCAAUGAGAAGGGGCAGUUGGGCCACGGGGACACGAAGCGCGUGGAGGCCCCGAAGCUCAUCGAGGUUUUGGGGGGUGAAUCCAUCGUGCUGGCAGCCUGUGGGCGCAACCACACCCUGGCACUCACAGAGAGCGGCUCCGUCUUUGCGUUCGGGGAGAAUAAAAUGGGGCAGUUGGGGUUGGGGAACCAGACAGACGCCGUGCCCAGCCCUACCCAGAUCAUGUACAACGGGCAGCCCAUCACCAAACUGGCCUGUGGAGCAGAGUUCAGCAUGAUCAUGGAUUGCAAAGGAAACCUCUACUCCUUUGGGUGCCCUGAGUACGGGCAGCUGGGGCACAACUCUGACGGGAAGUUCAUCGCCCGGGCGCAGCGGAUCGAGUACGACUGCGAGCUGGUGCCGCGGCGCGUGGGGAUCUUCAUCGAGAAGACCAAAGAUGGGCAGAUCCUGCCCGUGCCCAACGUGGUGGUUCGGGAUGUGGCCUGUGGAGCCAACCACACGCUUGUCCUGGACUCCCAGAAACGCGUUUUCUCCUGGGGGUUCGGGGGUUACGGGCGCCUGGGCCACGCGGAGCAGAAGGACGAGAUGGUGCCACGGCUGGUGAAGCUCUUUGACUUCCCGGGCCGCGGAGCCACCCAGAUCUACGCGGGAUACACCUGCUCCUUCGCCGUCAGCGAGACAGGUGGCUUGUUCUUUUGGGGGGCCACCAACACGUCCCGGGAGUCCACCAUGUACCCCAAGGCUGUGCAGGACCUCUGCGGCUGGAAAAUCCGCAGCCUGGCCUGUGGGAAGAGCAGCAUCAUCGUGGCCGCCGACGAGAGCACCAUCAGCUGGGGGCCCUCCCCCACCUUUGGGGAGCUGGGGUACGGAGACCACAAGCCCAAAUCAUCGACGGCUGCACAAGAGGUGAAGACCCUGGAUGGGAUCUACACGGAGCAGGUGGCCAUGGGCUAUGCCCACUCCCUGGUCAUCGCCCGGGAUGAGUCGGAUGCGGAGAAGGAGAAGCUGCGGAAGCUCCCCGAGUACAACCCCCGCACCAUCUGAGGGACCCCCAGGCCCCCAAAUCCCGCUUUUCCAACCCCGCUGCCGUUCUCACUCCCUGUUCUCCCAUUCCCAAAACCUUGGGGGGGGGUGUUAUUUCCACACUCCCCCCAGCUUCUUGAGUUCCCGACCGUAGCAGGAUCUUUUGGCACAUCCAGGCUUGGUUUUGUAGGGUCUUGUUUUUAAUUAUUUGUAUUUUAUUUGUA